AUGGUUCCCCCUCUUCUACCCCUCCAGGCACUCUCUUUCCUCUCGCUCCUCGUACCCACAACCUACGCCUUCGAACAUGACCCAGCCAAUCCGAAGCCGUCGUCAAGAUCGUCGCUGACGCUCACCUCGACCGUUGUGAAGAGGGAAGCCGGACGAUGUGCGAUGCGAUCGUCGUGUGGGAAGAAGGGCGUUUUCGGGGGUAGUUUACCUUGUCCUUUUGAUGGGCAAGCGCAAGAGGUGUGUCUCGUCGAAACGGACACGUCUUCGACCCUCCCCCUCAAGAUGAGGAAGAUCACCAUAGCUCACUUGCGGUGGGGGAUCUUCUUACAUAGACUUCGGACCCGACUUACCUCGCUGCCUUGGCCCAAGUGUGUGGUGAAGCGUUUCCGAAGAAGACUUGUUGCGAUUUAGCGCAGUUGCAGACGUUGCAGAGUAGUUUGGCACAGGCUGAACCGUUGUUGGCGACUUGUGAGGUUUUGCUUCGAUCAUCGGUCGCGAUGUGCAGUUGAGAGAGAGAGAGAGAGGAUGGGCGGAGCUGAUGGGUUGUGGUUGUGGAUGUUUUAUGUUUCGGCAGGUCCGGCAUGUAGGAACAAUUUCCGGCAUUUUUAUUGCAGCUUCACCUGCUCGGUUAGUUCGGGUUCCCUCAACCCCCGAAGAAUGAGCCUUUCUUCCACCCUCCACUCACUCCUUCCAUCGCACCCCUCCUCGGUAAUAGCCGGACCAAUCCCUCUUCGUCAAAGUGACCGAAACGCAAAAAAUCAAGUCUCCCGAUGGGGAAGAAAAGGACGCGGUCAAGAGUGUCGAUUUCGAUGUGGCUGAACGGUUUGGGAAAGGGUUUUACGAUAGUUGCAAGGACGUCAAGUUUGGCGCGACGAAUGGGUACGCGAUGGAGUUCUUGGGAGGUCAGUACGAGUGUUUGAUUUGGUGAUUGGUUUGGAAAGGGACGCUGAGCGAGUUGAGGGACAUCGUUACAGGUGGGGCGAAGGAUUAUCUCGCUUUCUUGCGAUACAUGGGCCAAGAACGAGCACUCGGUUCGCCUUUCCAAAUCAACUUUCCCGAUCAUUCCUCGAACCCUUCGCUUCUCCUCGACAAUUCGCCCAUUCAAUCGCUCGAUAACUCGACUGCUAUCCCCUUCAAUGAUUCACCCUUGUCGUGCUCGUCAUCAGACAUCAACGCUCGAUGCGCAUGCCCUGACUGCCCUUCGACAUGCGCCGUUCUUCCACCCCUUCAAUCGCCCGCCGAGCGAUACGCUCACCGGUGUCGCGUCGGCAAAAUGUCGUGCUUCGCCUUCUCUCUGACCAUCCUCUACGCCGUCGGACUCGUCUCCUUCUUCGUCCUCGUCGCAUUAAAGGACGUCCUUUGGUCGAGGCAGUCGUACCUCAAAUCCAUCACCACGAACGACGACGACGAACUUGACCAAGGCGCUUGGACGAGGUUGAGGAAUCGGUUCUCGUUCACCGAAUGGACCUCAAGACCGGAUACGAACGACUAUGAUCGAGUUCCGAUGGAGGAUCCUUUGACGGGCGAUUAUGAAGAGUCCCCUCGAGUACUUGGUGGGGUUAGUCCGUUACCCGGUUCCACUUCGUCGACCGGUCAAUCGUCGUCGGGGAAGAACUCGCUUGUGGGCGCAACGUCGACACAGAAUGCUGCGGAGAGGGAGACGGGAAGGGGUCGACCCCCAUCAGGUGGAACGACCUCUUCGAACCCUUCGACCUCGUCAUCCUACCCUCGCAAUCGAUUAAGCGUCGGAGCGUCGCUCCUCGAUCCCAAUUCGGAUUCGACGAACCCAUUCCUCCAACCCCGAACCUACAGACUCAACACCCUCCUCUCACAGCACUUCUAUCGGCUCGGUCUCUUUUGCGCUAAAUCACCUUACCUCACUUUGUCGAUCGGUUUGAUCUUGUGUGGCUUGAUCAAUAUAGGUUGGGACAAGUUCGAGGUCGAAACGGAUCCGGUGAGGUUAUGGGUCCCUCAUGGGAGUGCGACCGAACGACAAAAGGAGUUGUUCGAACACGAGUUUGGACCGUUCUAUAGGACCGAACAGAUCUUCAUUUCUAGGGCACCGACGAACCUUGCGGUGGAAGAGGCGCAGCUGAUGAAGUGGAGGGCCGUUGAUGAACCGGUGUUGAAUUGGGAGGUGUUGCAGUGGUGGGCCGGGGUGGAGAAGGAGAUUCGAGGCUUGGAAAGUGAGAGGGAUGGUGCGACCUUGGCGGACGUGUGUUUCUCACCCGCGACCGAACCGGAACGACCCGUCGACGCUUCACUUUGCGUCACGCAGAGCUUCAUGGGUUAUCUUGCUGAUUCGCUGCAGGGAGUGAGCGAGGAGACUUGGGCGGAUACGCUCAACCAAUGCGCGACCACUCCCGCGGCGUGUUUGCCGGCAAGUGGACAACCGAUCAACCCCAAACUUGUGUAUGGCAAAAUUCCCGAUGGCGAGGCAAGUGCAAUCGUUCGUGCGGAUCAAGCGAGGGCCUUGGUCGUCACCUACGUCGUUCGGAAUUCGCUCGAUAAGGACGUCAUCGCUAAAGCUCAAUCUUGGGAGGCCAAACUCUUGACAUACCUUCAUGGUUUGGCGCGACCCGAUGGCGAAGCGGCGAGAUUGGGCCUCGAAUUGGCUUUUUCGACGGAGAGCAGUCUGGAGGAAGAAUUGAACGCUUCGGCCAAUACGGACGUGCCUAUCGUCGUACUUUCGUAUGUGUUCAUGUUCCUCUACGUUGCGAUCAAUCUUGGUUCGUCCGGGGCGGGCAUCCUCAAGGUCGUGGGCAGGACUUUGCUCUUCCUCGUCGCUUCUUUCGUACAAUUCAUUCGUCGGGCCGUGUCGAGUGACAGGAGGAGGACCGAGGCGCUCGAAUUGUCCGUUUCUGGAUCGACAUUGGGGUUGGGCGACUAUAUCCGUCGACAGGUGCUCGUCGAUAGCAAGUUCUUGCUCGGCCUGUGGGGGAUCAUCAUCGUGCUUCUCAGUGUGUCGACCUCGGUCGCGCUAUGCUCUGCUCUGGGCGUCAAGGUCACUCUCGUCAUUGCCGAGGUUAUCCCCUUCCUCGUCCUCGCUAUCGGAGUCGAUAACGUCUUUAUCCUCUCCCACGAGCUCGAUCAACAGAACCAACGCUCGUACGCCGCGGCUUCACGACAUGGACCCUUCUUCGGAGGCGACAGUCUCGGCCGUGGGGAGAAUGACGACCUGGGCAUCGACGAUGAUCCCGAGGGUCUUCCCUCGGCGGAAGAACGUGUCGCUCGAGCAGUCGGAAGGAUGGGCCCCUCGAUCCUCCUAAGCGCUUCGUGCGAAACCGUCGCUUUCGCCUUAGGUGCGUUGGUAGGCAUGCCCGCCGUUCGCAACUUUGCUAUUUAUUCCGCAGUUGCCGUACUCGUCAACGCCGUAUUACAAAUGACCGUAUUCGUCAGCGCCAUGGCGAUCGACCUUCGGCGCGUCGAGUCGAACCGAAUCGAUUGUUUCCCUUGCGUCAAGUUGGCACCGGCUUCCUCGUUCGAUUUAGGGUCGACGGUUAGUGAGGGAUUUUUGGCGCAUUUCAUUCGCACGGUGUAUGCGCCGAUUUUGUUGUUCAAGCCGGUCAAGUAUAUCGUUGUUUCACUUUUUGGGGGCUUGUUCGUUCUCUCUUGGAUCGGUGCAAGGCACGUCACACUGGGUUUGGACCAACGCCUGGCUUUACCCGGUUCGUCCUACCUCGUGGACUACUUCAACGCCGUCGACUCGUUCCUCGACGUUGGACCCCCCGUCUACUUCGUCGCCCAAAACCUCAACUUUUCCUCCCUCGAUACCGUCAAAUCCAUCUGCGGACGUUUCUCGACCUGCCAAGAGCUCUCCUUCGCCAACAUUCUCGAAGCCGAACGUAAACGCCCCGACUCGUCCUUCGUCGCUGAACCUCCGGCGGUAUGGAUCGAUGAUUUCUUUCAGUGGUUGAAUCCGUUACUGGAGGACUGUUGUCGGGUCAAGAUUUCAGAUCCGAACGUGUUUUGUGGGCCGAACGAUUCCGAGUUUCAGUGUAGGCCUUGCUUCGAGGAUAGGGAACCAGGGUGGAACAUCACGCGUGAGUCGGGGAAAACCCCUCCUACGUGCUACGUGUCUCGAAGAAACGUAGAGACUGACGACUUUGGUCUUCACAGUUGAUGGCUUACCUGAAGGCGACGAGUUUAUGCGCCUGCUCGAGCACUGGCUCGAGUCGCCAACGGACGAAUCGUGUCCAUUGGGAGGUAAAGCCGCCUACUCAUCAGCACUCAAGAUCCAAGAUCACUCCGUCAAGACGUCGCAUUUCAGGACCUACCAUACGCCGCUCAAAACGCAGGACGAUUUCAUUAAUGCGUAUGCUUCGGCGCAGAGGAUCUCGACUGAACUGUCUAAGAAGACGGGUGGGAAGGUGUUCCCGUAUUCGGUGUUUUAUGUCUUCUUUGCUUCCUGUGAGUCCAUGAGCUGCGCUUCGGCGUCGGAUCGCCACCCCUGACCCCCGAUCCCCGAUUUGAUGGACUUGUAGAUGCCCACCUCUGGUCAACGGCUCGAGUUGUGCUGUCCAUCUCACUGCUUGCCGUCUUCCUCAUCACGGCGCUCCUCCUAGGCUCUGUACGAACCGCCUCCGUCGUUCUCCUGACCGUCUUCCUUUCCUGCUUCAACGUGCUCGGCCUCAUGGGCGCUUGGCAUAUCUCGCUCAACCCCAUCUCCCUCGUGAACCUCGUUAUUUCCCUCGGCAUCGCCGUCGAAUUUUGUUCCCACAUCGCGCGAGCCUUCAUGGGCGCCAACGGCGGCGGACUACCUUACCACCAUGCACAAGGUGAAAAAGAUCGCGACGAUCGAGCGAUAGCCGCUCUAGUCGACGUAGGAGCUUCGGUCGUCGAAGGGAUCACCCUCACCAAGUUCAUCGGUCUCUCCGUCCUCGCCUCAACGAAAAGUCAAUUGGUGCGAACUUAUUUCGCCAAGAUGUGGUGCGCGUUGAUUUUGGUCGGGGCGGUCAAUGGGUUGGUGUUCUUACCGGUCGCUUUGAGCUUUUGGGGUGGUCAAGGUCAGUUCUUUUUCAGUUUGUUUGACCAGUCGGGGACUGAUGUGGGACAUGUCUUUCUUUUUUUUGCUGUUCGUUUUCUCGUUUCCAGGUUACGCAUUGACGACCGAGGACGGUGAUGGCAGUUGGAUCGCCUCGACCGUUGGUUCGCGUUACGAACAUGACGGUCAUCGACCUUAUGCCGACGGUCAGUACCCUUUUUUAAUUUAA